UGGACUGAAAACAUUGCCCACCAGCUUUUUUCUUACCCCACUUUAUAAUAAAGCAAAAGCAAAGUAUAAAAAAGACUACUAAAUAAAUGAGAAGAAGGAAAGAGAAGGAAACAUAUGCAAAGUUCAUUUAACCCCACAUCUCUAUAAAAAUCCUUUGAGCAAAUGGACUCAAAGUUUCUUCAACCUCAUCUGGGAAAGCAAAUAGGACUUUGAUAGCUUUAUCAAAGGGCUUGUAAGGGUGCAUAAACAAGGACAUAUGUCGAAGUGAAAGAAAGUGAAGGGAAAAAAGAAACUGUAUUUUUUUAUAUGCUUCUUUUGUGAAGGCAGGAAUUGGAGUGUGUGUAUGAGUGUUUUUUUUUUUUUUUUAAUUUUUUAUUUUUGCAGAGAGCUUGCCCAUCAGUGCCAAGCUAAUGAUGGCAGGAAACCCUAGCCGGUGGAGCAUGCAUCCACCAUCACAGCAGCCUUCUGCUUUGUUAUCUUCAUCUCCUUCUCCAGCUCUCUUCCCUUCCCAAUAUGUCCUCGGAUCUUCUUCUUCACUUCCUUUCAAUUCUUUGACUGAUAACCAAGAGCUUCCUCAGUCAUGGAGCCAACUACUUUUGGGUGGUUUGUCAGGAGAAGAAGAAGGCAGGUUUGGCCUGAGUCACUUUCAACCCAAAAAGUUAGAGAAUUGGGAAGACCAAAUCUUGAAUCCAUAUUCAAGGGUUCCUGUAGUUGCUGAUGUAAAACAAGAAAUUCCUCAAAAUAGCAAUUUGUACGGUCAUGGAGACGAAGAAUUUCAGCCGCCCAGGCCUACUUGGUCACAAGUCAUGCCAGUAUCUUCUCCUAAGUCUUGUGUUACAACUCUAAGUAGUAAUAUACUGGACUUCUCUUAUAACAAACCUGAUGUGAGGAAUCAACAUCCAGAUCAAUCAUCUAUGUGCAAUAGUACAGUCACAGGUGGAAUGUGCAAGAAGCCUAGGGUUCAGCAGUCUUCAACCCAACCACCUCUAAAGGUGAGGAAGGAGAAAUUGGGUGAUAGAAUCACAGCUCUUCACCAGCUAGUUUCCCCAUUUGGAAAGACUGACACAGCUUCCGUCUUGUUAGAAGCUAUUGGAUAUAUCAGAUUCCUUCAGGGUCAAAUUGAGGCCCUUAGCUCCCCUUACUUGGGCUCUUCAUCGUCAAACAUGAGGAACCAACAGUCUGUUCAAGGAGAAAGAAAUUCCGUGUUUCCUGAAGACCCAGGUCAGUUGUUGAACGACAUCUGCCUGAAAAGAAAAGGAGGUUCUAACCUGCAGGAUAGCCAUGAAAUGCCAAAGGACUUGAGGAGCAGAGGGCUGUGCUUGGUUCCUGUGUCUUGCACUCAGCAUGUUGGAAGUGAUAAUGGUGCUGACUAUUGGGCUCCGGCGAUCGGCGGCGGGGGGUUUUGAAAUUAUCUGUGGCAUUUUGAUGAGUUUGAAGCUUUGAGAUUGAAUGAUAUAACAUCAUGAGCAGUCACUCUGCAACAAUCUAAGGCUGAUUGCUCAUGAUGCUAUGCAUUCUAAAGAUUGGAAGGUGCCCAAAUUAUCGUUCAUUGUACCCUUUAACUUAAUUAAGAUAAUGAUCUUGUAUCUGUUGAUUUUUCCUUAAUUUCUCUAUCUUAUAGAGCUUCAUGUGUGUGAAGCUUUUCGAUUGAUUAGUACGUAGUUUUGUUAAUUGCAAGAUGCUUAUCCAGGAGUGUUAGCAUUCUUUCUUCUCCUAUUAGCAAAGGAAAGAAUGUAUCUCCAUCUUUCUCUCAAUUGUAACUGGCCUUUUGCUUAUAAAAAAAAAAGGUAAAAAAAAUCUCUACUUUUUCCUUCGAUUUA